AUGGCAGUCGACAGCUCCGCACCUACAUCGCCCAUCCCAGUCACCGAGCUGACCAAGAUCACCUCCGAUGCCUGCGACAAUGUCCUGAAAACCACCACCGAAUAUGACCACAGCGCCGUCGACAAGUGGAACUCAGAGAUUAUUAACACUGUCCUCCAAGCCCUUAUCGCUGCUACCGUCCCCUCCGACACCACCAAGCCAGCUCCCUACCGCUUCACCGUGAACAGCACCAUCGUGCAGCAGGGUGUGAUUGACAAGUCUGCCGCGGCCGGUGGCACACAGAACAACGCCGGUAAACGUGGAAUGCAUUCCGCGUCCGGUGCGUUCUGGGACGUCAACCGUGACGGCAUGUGGACAUUCAAGUACCCCGGUGCUGAGGAGCGGGGGCUCGAUAUCGUGGUUAGCGUGACCUGGUUUGCGGUUGUUUGA